GAAUAUUUCAUAUUUUAAACCGAAAAUUACAAUUUCAUUUAAUAUUUCAAUCAUAUUGCAAGCGUACGCUAACAAAGUAAUAUCUAUUUUAAUAAUAUAACAUAUAUUUUUUCUUUUAAAUUUUUUGUGUACUUCAAAAAAAUAUAUAUACCAACUAACAAAUAAAUUAGCAUUAAAACAACAACAAUGGCUGGCCCACUACCUUUAUUAACCACGGAAGCAGUUUACAAAAAAUUGCAAGAAUACUAUCAGGCCAAUGGUGAAAAAAUUAACAUUAAGGAUUUAUUCCAACAAGAUGCUGAACGUUUUAAUAAAUUCAGUUUGCGCAUUAGCACCCCCAAGGAUGGUGAUAUUUUGUUAGAUUAUUCUAAAAAUCGCAUUACUCCCGAGGUAUGGAGUCUUCUGUUGGAAUUGGCUAAAGUAAGACGUGUAGCUGAGGCUCGUGAUGCCAUGAUGUCUGGUGUACCCAUCAAUAUCACUGAAAAUCGUGCUGUUCUUCACAUUGCUUUGCGUAAUCGUGGUGAUCAAGAGAUUUUGGUUGAUGGCAAAAAUGUAAUGCCUGAUGUACGCGCCGAAUUGGCCCACAUGAAGGAGUUCACCAAUCAGGUUAUAUCCGGUGUUUGGCGUGGUUUUACCGGAAAACAAAUUACCGAUGUUGUUAAUAUCGGUAUUGGUGGUUCGGAUUUGGGUCCUCUGAUGGUUACAGAAGCUUUGAAACCCUAUUGUAAGGGUUUGCAUUCACAUUUCGUUUCCAAUAUUGAUGGUACUCAUAUGGCGGAAGUUUUGAAGAAGGUCAACUAUGAGACCACCUUGUUUAUUAUUGCCUCCAAGACCUUCACCACCCAGGAGACCAUUACCAAUGCCACUUCGGCCAAGAAUUGGUUGUUGGAACAAACUAAAGAUCCCGCUGCCGUUGCCAAACAUUUCGUGGCCUUGUCCACCAACAAAGCCAAGGUUACUGAGUUCGGUAUUGAUAGCAAGAAUAUGUUUGGUUUCUGGGAUUGGGUUGGUGGACGUUACUCUUUGUGGUCUGCCAUUGGUCUUUCCAUUUGUUUGUCUAUUGGUUUUGAGAACUUUGAACAAUUGCUAGAGGGUGCCCACUUUAUGGACAAUCACUUUAAAAAUGCACCUUUCGAGAAAAAUGCUCCUGUCAUUUUAGCCGCUUUGGGCAUUUGGUAUUCCAACUUCUAUAAUGCCGAGACACACGCCCUCUUGCCCUACGACCAAUACUUGCAUCGUUUUGCCGCCUACUUCCAACAGGGCGAUAUGGAGAGCAACGGUAAAUUUGUCACUAAAACCGGUUCCAAAGUUGUGGACUACAAUACCGGACCCAUUGUUUGGGGUGAACCUGGUACCAAUGGUCAACAUGCUUUCUAUCAGCUCAUCCAUCAGGGUACACGUUUGAUUCCUUGCGAUUUUAUCGCCCCAGCUGAAACACACAAUCCCAUUGCUGGUGGUGCCCAUCACAAGAUAUUGUUGGCCAACUUUUUGGCUCAAACUGAAGCCUUAAUGGCUGGCAAAACUGCCGAACAAGCUAAGGCUGAAUUGGUUAAGUCGGGCUUAUCGGGUGAGAAGUUGGAACAACUAUUGCCACAUAAGGUCUUUACCGGUAAUCGUCCUACCAACUCUAUUGUAGUGAAAAAAGUAACACCCUUCAUUUUGGGUGCUUUGAUAGCCAUGUAUGAACAUAAAAUCUUUACCCAGGGUAUUAUUUGGGACAUCAACUCCUUCGAUCAAUGGGGUGUCGAAUUGGGCAAACAAUUGGCCAAGGCUAUUGAACCAGAAUUGGCCAAUAAGGAUGUCAUUACUAGUCAUGAUGCCUCCACUAAUGGUCUUAUCAAUUUCAUCAAAUCGAAUUGGUCUUAAACCAUAAACAAUUCCUAAACAAAAAAAAAUCCUACAUUAGUUCUCCUACUAACCACCUACCUUAAUACAACACAUUUAAAUGAAGACUCACACGCACAUUUCCACAUUUCUUAUAUUCAGCCAGGGGUUUUGUUAAACACAAUAAGCCCCCUCCGCACUACUUUUAAACCCAGCGCAAAGCAACAGAAAUGUAUUUACAACGGUCAAGUGCAAUUUUUAUAUAGUAAUGGAAAGCUAUUAAGGAUUUUAAUCCUUUUCUUUUCAACAUUUCCACAAACAACAAACAAAAAAUA